GGAGCCCGGCAGAAGAUGGCGUCUCUGCGCUGUAGGCGAGACCCCUGCGGCGUUAUCUGUCUGAUUUUAACUUAUUUCAGCGUGUUUUACGCGGACUACGUGGUCAUACAGUAUGUCCUCAUCCCCGCCUACUCGGACAGUGUUUGGUGUACUCUACAUGGAUCAGUGUUCAACCUGAUUCUGCUGCUGCUGCUGGCCUGCCACUCCAAAGCUGUCUUCUCAGACCCUGGUAUGGUGCCUCUUCCUGAGACAGCCAUAGACUUCUCAGACCUUCGCUCCCAGUCGUCUCGGAUGAAUGAGAGGGGCUGCGAAGGCUGGACGGUGUGCAGUCGCUGCGAAACCUACAGACCUCCCAGAGCGCAUCACUGCCGUGUCUGUCAGAGGUGUAUACGCCGCAUGGACCAUCACUGUCCCUGGAUCAACAACUGUGUUGGAGAGCUGAACCAGAAGUAUUUUAUCCAGUUUCUCUUUUACACCGGCAUGGCCAGUCUGUACUCCAUGGUGUUGGUGGUGUCGGCCUGGGUGUGGCGGAUAAGGAACGAGCGAGAGGGUGAUGCAGAGAAGGAAGGGGAGGAGACGCCCAGCAAGCACCUGAUAGUCGCUCACUACAUCAUCCUCCUGGUGGAGUCGGUGUUGUUUGGCGUGUUUGUCAUGGUCAUCUUCUACGAUCAGUUGGUCUCCAUAAUCACAGACGAGACUCCCAUCGAGCAGAUGAGGAACAGGCUGAUGAUCAAGGACCGGGGCUCUUCAUCUUCAUCCUCUUCCUCCUCCUCCGCCUCCUCUCAGCUGCCUCACCACCCCACACACACCCGCAAGCCAAAGCUGGCUCUGCUGCGGGAGGUUUUCGGAAGAGGUUCGGUCUUCUGCUGGCUCCUUCCUCUCCACUCCAGCCCUCCGUCAGUUGGCGGCAUCACGUACUCCGCCCUGCCCGACUACGACGUCUGACCACUGAGCUGUGAGGGCGACAGAGGGCGAGGAAAGGUUUUGCGUGUGUGUGAGAGUGAGUGUGAAUUUUCUGCCUAACUACGAUGUCUUAUCUUUAUCUUUGGACCUGAGUGCUGAAGAGGAAGGAGGAUGAAGGGGGGAAAAAGACUGCGUGUGUGUGUAUUAGAUGAAUGAAUGAAUGUAUGAAGUAUGUGUGACUCAAUCCCCCAGGACCUAAACGUGUUCAGCCUCAGACUCAUGAAUUUCCUUCCUGUCGUGACAGUGGAGCUCCGACAGUCCCCGUUUUGUCCCGAUCUGCCAGCGUUGUUGACGUUGUUUUGUGGAAGAGUUGGCCCCUUGUGAACACUGGGGUUUGACUGAUGUGGGUUUAUACGCAUUUUUUUUAACCCAAAGCUGCUGAUAUUGGAUGUAUUACCCUCCAUGAAAUUUAACGAUUUUCACGGCCAGUAAUUUCAGACAUUCAGGGCCCCCAGGAUGCACUUCCUGUUUGAACCAAAAGCCUCUGAAAUAACAUUCAGGCCAUCACGAGACACCAAAACAGUCCAGUGGAAACUCUAAGAUGCUCAUAAUGAAACACAUUAUGCAAAAAUAUUUCUGCAUAAACACGAGAAUCAGACCUAAAGAGGGUUUCUACGACCUUAAUCAGCAUCGACCUACAUGUCAGUCUAACCCCAGUGCCAUCUUUUGAUUACGGUGUUUUUAAGGGAGCUGUAUUUAUUUCUCUGACGCAAACAAGCAUCAACUUCUCGAACAAAAAGCCUCUAAAGGAGGUCAGGUAGGUCAACCUGUUUCAUCAAAGUGUUUGUACAUCUUCAACCCCUGAAUGAAAACUGGCCUUGUGGUUGUCAAAGUGUAACUUUGCCCCCAAAACGAGCUUGUGUUUUAUGUUUUAAAAGUUUUAUGUUUUCUUUUAUAUAGAAUCAAAUUCAUUUUCCCGCGGCUUUAAAUCGAUACCGGAUUGUGCACUGAUGUGGAAUUUUAAAGCUGGUACCAAUAUCUGAUGUUUUCCCAACUGCAUUAUACUUUUACGCAGGUUCAAAACAGGUUGGAUUUUAACUUUAAAUAUAUGGCCAAAAGUAUGUGGACACCUUUUGACAGCAGUUUCAUCCCAGAACCACUUCUCAGGCUUACCCCCAGUUUUGGGAACCUGCUGCAGGGAUUUGCUCUCGUUCACUGAGGUCCAACAGUAGGCGUGGGAAUCUCUAGGCACCUCACGAUUCAAUUCCGAUUCUGAGGGCAACGAUUUUGAUUCUAAAACGAUUCUCGAUUCUAAAACGAGCCAAUAAGAAAAUUUACCCUAGAUAUUGAAAAGCAUUAUUGUAAUAAAGCUGGGAAUACAUAUCCAGUGCAUACAAACUGUAUUACUUCCUGUGGUUGAGAUGAUACACUCCACCAGUCUCCUCCGGUCCAUCCUCCUCAUCCACAAAUCUCAACGGGACUCUCCUGUCCCUCGUCGACCUCCUCGACAUUUCUCCUCCAGUAUUUACAAAACUAUAACUGACUAUAACUAUCUAUGAACUGUAAAAACACAAACUAUUGCAAAAAAGACAAUGGCAGAACUAUGGUGAAAACACGACAAAAACACGGCAUAAAAAAACUUAAAAGCUCUCAAAAAACCACAAAUACUAUUAUUUAGAACACUAAAUAUUAUUUACAAAGAAACCGCCACCCAAACUCCACCAAAACACAGCUAAAACAGUUCAACUUGCACUCUCCUCGUCAGCUGUCACUCUCCUCCAAUUCCCUCCCCUCCUCCACAGGUAAUGACAUCACUACCGUAAUGUAUAUCACUGGAAAGCUCCGCUUCUCAGCUUUCAGAAUCCGUUGGAAUUACGUCGAUAGCGUGAAUGGUCGAGAAGUUACAGUAAUUUGAAAAAUAAAUAUAAAAAUAAAAUUAAAAUCAAUUACAAGUUUUCCGCAUCGAUGCUCGCAUCGUUCAAGACAGAAUCUCGAUGCAUCUAAAAAUCGAUUUUUUUUUUUCCCCACCCCUAUCCAACAGUGAGUUGGGCGAUAAGAUCCGGCUCAUCCAAGUUCAUCCCAAAUGGAUGGGGUUAAAGUCAGCGCUCUUCACAGCACCCAGUCAAGUUCUUCCUCACUAAACUGAGAAAACUCUUUAUUUAUGCUGACAUUGUUUAUGGCGACAUUCGUUUGGUCUUCCCCAAACUGUUGCUCCAAAGUUGGAGGCACACUGUUGUGUCGUCCCUUCAUUGUAACUUUCAAUGAAUUUCCGCUGCAGGGUUCGGCUUGACUUGAGUCACUUUUGGCACGAGGUACUUUUCUCAAAUUUGUUUUCAUCUGUUAGCAGUACUCCUCAGCGUAGGUGGAACACAGUUACACUCAGUUACCAGAAAAAAUGUUGGCAGUGUACAUUUUUGUAUGCAUUUGUAUGUUGCUAUGAAGCUCAUAUGUUAACCACAUGGUUAUGGUUAGGAAAAAAGAUCAUGUUUAGUUUGAGAUACCUCGUUUCACUAGGGCACUAUCCUGGUUUGAAAAGCAGCGAUGUCUCAGUAAAAACCAAAGCUACAAAACACCCACGUUUUGUGCCUAAAAACCUGCUGGAAACACAGCAAUGACUCCCUAAAUCAUUGCAUUUGUUGUGGUUGAACAGCGAUGUGCAGCUUGACAAGCAUCUCGCAUUGGUGAUAUACCAUCCGCCCUCCACCUUCAAAUGGCUAAGUCAGCUCAUACACUAUGACAUUUUACAAUCGUUGGCAAGAUACAUAUGAAACAUACAAAUAUAACACUGCCAACGUUUUCUUCAGGUGAAUCUUAGCCAAUCGUCAUAGGGAUUGUGCGUGAAACUGCAGUGUUUAAACUUCACCUUCCAUCACCUCAGCUCACUUGGAACUUUGACCAAGGUGGUACCAAAAAUAUACCAGGUACUAUCUACAAGUUUUGCAGAUGGAACCCAAAAAAGGAUCGUUCCAAGUGGGUCGAGUCGUGCUGCACCAUGCAGUGGAAAUAAGUAGGGCUGCCCCCGAAUAGUCGACUAAACGUUAGUCAACCAAAAGGGUCAUGUGUCGGCAAGAUUUCAUUUGUCGCUUUUUCGCAGAAAAAAAUAACAAAAAUAAACAAUUGUGAACCUCUAUCAGGAGCUGCACCUUGUCAGAAUAAAUCCAAACCUAUAUGACUGGACCAUGUGGAGAUUUAAUUUGAAAGGACAGACACAGGAAGUGUCCACAUCAGGUUAAUUUCCAGGGCUGGUACCUGCGGUUAUUCCACAGGCAGAUCUAUAAAUAAGGCAUAAAAGGCCCUAAACCAAACGUCCACAUACUUUUGGCCACAUAUAGUAUAGUAAUGGGUUCUCGCCUUUCUACAAACACCAAAAGACACCACAGGUCAGUGUAUUUUCUAUUAUUUAUUGAGCUGAAAAUAUCAAGUAUACCAUAAACAACUCAUGUUUUUGAACACUUAUAUUAUCCACUAAUAUUUUAUUUCUAUCUACCUGUCCUCCAUCACACCCAUGAGUUAAUACCAUCAAGCAGGUACAACAGAAACCACUAAGAUGUGUGUUUGUGAUACCUCGGGGGUUCAUAAGCAAACAGGAAACUGAGAAUGUCCACAAAGAUUCCAUGUUUAUGUUGGUUUUUUCCUCAUUCUUGUGUUUGUGUUUUUGAAGUACAAAAACGUUUGACGUGCUAACUCACUAAACUGUGUUACGGUUACAGAUUUACACUACUACUACUACCACAACACACACACAUACACGCACACAGGGUGUGAUUUGAGAUUUUAAAAGGGGGAAUGCUGGGAAGAAAAAGACACAAGCAUUGUUUACUGUCACGCUACCCUUUUAAGUCAUUAUAUUCUUAAUGUCAGAGAUGAAAGUAAUAUUUUGUGUCAUUCGUUCCCCAUCAAAUCACCCCGACACACACACUCACACACACACUCACUCAGAGUACACUCAGUAUUCUGCUAAAUCUCAGUGAAGGGACGUUCUUAACUUAUUUAUUGUUUCUAACUAUUCCGUGGAGUUAACUCUACCAAUAACUGUGUAUUUUUAUGUGAUGGGUGAAGUUGCCUUUCCGUGUUGAUUUGCUGCUGUUGUACGAACAACGAUGAAGUGUGAAGGGGUGAGACUAAAUAGACUGAAGGUAACCCACAGCUACUUCUACCCACACUUCUUCAUCUCGUUUGUCGCUUUUCAAGCAGAGAGACGACACAUCUUCAGCUUCUCGGAUGUGGAAUUUUUAUGUUUUUCUUCCUCACGUAUGAAACUUAACUAAUGACUGUAUAAAAGAAGCGGACAUCGUGGCGUCCAGGUCCGAGAAGUGAAGCCGGUGCAGAAGUGCCUUAAACCUGCAUUCUUUCUAAUGACCAGCAGGGGGCAACUCCACUGCUGCAAAAAUAAGCCAUAUCAUGUAGAAGUCUACAAGAACAUGACCCUGUUUCUCACUUGAUUUAAAACCCUGAUUGUGUAAUAGCUGUGAUGCACUGAUUGGCAAAUCCUUUUCAACCUAUAUGCAGCUGAAUACAGUCCAAAGACAAGAUGAUUGGGUAUGAAAGGGACAACCUCAGAAGGCGUACAAGCAAGGGUGACGUGAUGUUCACCACUUCCUGAUAGAAUGUGUGGGCAAGUAGUCCCAAAGUUUAAGAGUAUUUCUUAACACACAGUUGCAAGAAUUGAUGGAUUUCCCCAUCUUCUAAUAUCUUCAAACGAUCCACAGAAUCCGCAGAUAUCUGCACGUAAGGGGCAAGGCUAAAAACCAAUAUUGAAUGCCUGUGACCUUUGACCCCUCAGGCUGCACUCUCUGAAAACCAACAUGAUUGCAUAAAGCAGUGUUUCCCAACUGGUGGGUCACGGAUCCAUUCUGAAUGGAACGCAAGUGACUCGCAAACGUGUCAAGUUUGUGAAAAACACGCUUAUUUUUAAAUACAGUGAAUUUCCAGCACAGAGGUUUUAUUUUGAAGUGCAAUUUCCUGCUGUAGAGCAAGUGACUAAUGGACAGCUACUUGACAGAGACAGCAAACUAGCUCGAAUAUGCAAGUAUGGCGCUAUUUUUAAGAAUGUAUUAAACUAUGUGGACCUUGAACUAAUAACUAAGGAGAAAUCUGGACCACUGGUAUAACGGCCAUUACUACAUGGGCUAGGAAACACUUUGGAAAACCACUGUCUGUAACACAGUUUGUUGCCACAUCUACAAAUGCAAGUUCAGACUCUACCAAGCAGAGUGAGAGUCAGAUAUCAACAAUGCUGACUUCUCUGCAUCUGAGCUCAUCUGAGAUGGACUGACACAAAAUGUAAAAGUGUGCUGUGGUCCGACGAGUCCAUCAUGGACGUCAUGUCCUCUGAGCUUUAGAGGAAAAGGAUCGUCCAGAUUGUUACCAGCUCAAAGCUCAAAGCCCCCAUCUGUGAUGGUAUGGAGAUGUGUUAGUGCCCAUGGCAUCAUGGGUAAACUUCACAUCUGUGAAGGCUCCAUAAAUGCUGAAGGUACAUGUUUUGGAGCAACAUAUGCUGCCAUCCAGAUGACGUCCCUGCUUAUUCCAGCAAGAAAAUGAGACACAUUCUGCACGUGUUACAACAGCGUGGCUUUGUUGUAAAAGAGUGCAGGUACUAGACUGACCUGCCUGAAGUCCAGAUCCAUGUGUGGCACGUACGCGCAAAAUUUGACAAAGGAAACCCCGGACUGUUGAGCAACUUCAGUCGUAUAUCAAGUAAGAAUGGGGAAAAAAUUAACUUUAAAAACUUCAACAAUUAAUGUCCUCACUUCCCAAACACUUACUGAGUGUUGUGAAAAGGAAAGGUGAUGUCACACAGCAGUAAACAUGCACCUGACCCAACUCUUUUGGAACGUUUUGCAGGCAUCAAAUUCAGAAUGAGUGUAUAUUACAAAAAAAAAAAAGUUUGGUACAGGUCAAAAAGGAUUCGCGAUUCAUUGCAUUCUGUUUAUCAGCAUUACACAGCAUCACAACUUGUUUUGGAUUUGGGGUUGUGUUACCUAAACAAACAUUUUUCUAGUGAGUUUAUGGUCUCAAUCGCUGGUUUCAAGUCUUCGACAAUACAGAAUAAUGUUCAUUCGGUAAAUUUUGGUCCCAUUUAAGGGUAAAAUAGACAACAAAGCGGGGUGUGCUUUGGGGCGUGGCUACCUUGUGAUUGACAGUUGCGACCACUGAGACCUGUCAGCUAAGAUAGAAGUGUAGCAAUGCAUAUCCUCCACAGCUCCGCCCUCUUGUCCAAAUAUAGUCACUUCUGGCUCCAAAAACAAGAUCACGACUACCCAAAUGCUGAACUCGCGGCCUCAGAACGGAAGUCGACAACCCAGUGGGUGACAGCACAGUGACUGUGUCCACUUCUUUUAUACAGUCUUUGUACUAUACUCUAUACACUAUACUGUAAUGGAAUAAUUGUUGGUUACAGCCUUAUUUUCAAGUGUAUGCCAUCCUUUAGAAAUGGAAAACUAGAAUUGUCUUCUUUGGCAUUAAAAGACGUUGCAAAAAUGGCAUUUAAAUCCUUGAUUUGCUCUCAAACUUAAGUCAAAAGAUCUGGUGCUAAUAUUUUGGAAUGGCAACGGCCAGUUUUUAGUUUUUGCCAGUGUUGUUACAGUUACGUCUUCACAUGGAAAACUGCUCGUAUUUUAUCAUGUAUGAUCGUGAAACACUCACACUGAGGUGGUUUUUCAUGGUCUGGAUAUAAAUUGAAAAGAGGCAAAGGCAACUUCACCCCUACACGUGUUUUUAUGUAUGUGUAUAUAUAGUUAUCCUGUGUUUGACCUGGGCUGAACAUUAUGACGUGCUUCAGUGGAUUUAAUGAACCCUCUGUUUUAACAGAGUAUUGACAAACGAUUUUCACGUGUUACAGAACGAGAACUGCCAGUUGGGAGAGGAUGUUUCCUCUGAAAAGCCCUCUUUCUUGAAUUAUGUGACUUUAAAUCACCCGGAGUGAGCUGCCUUUUUUAUUAUACGAUCACAUGUUUCAAGAAAUUCAAGUUACUGAAAUGUCCUGACUCUUUAUCAAACUAGCAACCUUGGAGAGACGUUAGCGGCGGUUAUGAGAGGCGUGCAGCGCUGCCAAAGGGUUUGUAAGGCUGCGUUCACACUGCGAGCGUGCUGUUGUGUUUUGUACAUCAGGCCCUGGUGGUGCUGUGUUACAGGGUUUUUUGUACAGUGAUCAGACCAAACAUAUGUAUGAUGUACGGUUAUAUGGACAGUGGGGCUUCAGUACAGUUUUUAAUUAGCACGGGUUGAUGUGAUGUGAUGUUUCAGUAAUUGGGGCUUUAGCUUUUUCCAAAAAUAUCAAGUUUGAAAACGCAGUGAUGUCUCGAUAAUAAACAGCCCCUUUCAUGGCACUGUCCUGGCUGGAAACGCAGCGGUGUCUUGGUUUAAAACAACCGAUUGUCUUGGCACUAUCCCAGCAAGAAAUUCAGAGACAGGUCGCGAAAAAACACACACGUUUGUUGGCCUCAAAGCUGCUGGAAGACGCAGCAAUGACUCACAAAAAAACAACCGUUUUGGUUGUUUGUUAGUCUUGAACAGUCGUCUGCAGCUUGGCAGGCGUCUUGCCUAGGCAUCAUCCCAUCUAGCAUCCCGUCCGCCCCGUAGUAACAAGGUCUGCUCAUGGACUACAUCAUAUAUUACUUCACUAAAAUUAGGUGGGGAAAAAAGUGGAUCGGUGUCGGUUAUCAACCAAAAAGUUGUUCGGCAUAUUGGAUAUCUGCAAAAAAUCCAAUGUUGUGCACCCCUAGUUUGCAGAAUCCUGCAGUGCCACCAUUUUCUUCUAGUGUCUAUACUGACUUAUUUGCUUUCUUGCUGAGAGUUAGAUAAGAAGAUUGAUACCACAGAAGCUACAACCAGCAGCCAGUUAGCUUAGCUCAGCAUAAAGACUGGAAAGGGGAGGUUAGACCCCAUAAGACUCUGUACGGAUUAAACAAAUAAGAUAUAACAUGUUAAUUAAUGAGCUUUAGAUGGUUUUUGUCACCUUUGGACAAAGCUAGGCUAGUUUCCAGUCUUUGUGCUAAGCUAAGCUAACCAUUCCCCUGGCUCUAGCUGUGGUAUGCAUCUUCUCAUCUAACCCUUGGCAAAAAAGUAAAGAGGUGUGUUUCUCAAAAUUACGAAUUGUAGAUUGAAGUUCUUCCCGAUUUCCUAUCCAGCUCAAGCUCAGCGAUAGCCAGUUGGAAAACGACAAAAAAAAAAACAAUGGAUGCUACCAUUCUAACAGUUUCCUUUCAUCCUUCAAACAAAAGCAAUAGAGAACUGAGAGGCUUUGUUUGGCUCAACUUCUUCGUCCGUUAGCACCUUUCAGAGAACCAAAAUCACAUUGGCAGUGAUGCCAGGAAGUGCAGAUCCCUUAUCUUUUACUUUGUUAAUCUGAGACUACCAGUGACGUAGUUUAUCAUCUGUUUCCAAGUGAUUUUGUUUCAUUAGCUCAGGGUGUGAACGCAUGUUUUCAAACCCCAUCAUGGCGACAAAGCAGCCGCCCUCCAAGCUAAAAGAUGCCUUAUUUCUGUUGGUGUUUAUAGUGUUUGACUGUGGGAGGGGGUGCAAAAUUUUCCCGAAUGUUUCUCGUAGCCACUGGUAACCGCUCUCCAACACCUCUCGACGGGCAGGUAUCACUUAACGCCCUGACAUACCAAGCUGACAGUCGGCCGUCGUCAAAGUUGGGCUGUUGGUGAGCGUCUGCCACGCUUGUCCAUGCGGUGUGCCACGCACUGUUGGCCCUCAUGGGCGCUAGUUGGCCUUUUAUCCGCUGAUUCAGCAUGUCGGAUCGGCGUGGUGAAAGUAGAGCCAGACGGCAAAUGAAAUUACUCUGAUUGGCAGAGUGGCAAAUGUAAACAAAAAGCUAAAGUCAAACGGGAGUGAGGUCAAAAUGAUUAUUCGAAAAAUUGUCGAAUACUUGCCAUGAUUUUCGAAUAGUGUUUUUGCUUGUGUUGCCCAUCCCUAUUGAUAAUGUUAUUAACGUGCUAACUGGCUAACUAGCGUCAAGACGUUCUUCCGGUUUCCCUUUUUGAAUGACGAUUACAGAAGGCUGCCAUCUUCUGGUAUGGAGGGGUAUGUCCUCUCACAUAGGUGCAAAACACAUGUGCUUGUUGGCCGUUGGUUUGGUGUGUCAGGGCAUUUACAGUGCGUCCUCGCCCAGGUUUGGUUUCCGUUAGCUGUACAUAGGAAGGUCCAUAUUUUAUAUCUCGAUGAUGUGCAAUUCUCAUGAAGGGAAAGUUACUGAAACUUUUUUUGUUUGUUUUCUAUGGCGAUCUGGGUAAAACAAAGGUUUGAAAUGUUUUUGUGAGGUGCAUGAGGUCAAGUCUUAAUUUGUCUUUGAAUUUAACAUCAAAAUGUGCUUCUCUUGCCUUUUCUGUAAAAUCUUAGUAAUUUACAGUCCCACAGUCACUCUUAAAUCAAGCACACCUCACCUUUGUCCAACACCCUAAAAACAUUUCAAACUGUUUUUUGUCCAGGUGUGUGUUAACUAUCAGGGUACUGGCUUGCUUGUUUGACUCUGUUGAAAAAUGCAGUUGAUCUGUUUUUUUUGUUUGUUUCUUUUGUAUCAGUGUUGCUCAACAGGGUGCGCUUGUUUCGGCUCAUCCACUUUGGCGCCUCCGUACCACUGGUUCCAUCAUUUAAAAUCCCACUCACACUCGCCAGCUGUCGGAGGAAACAAAACAAGCGCACCCCAUUUUUGCUGUUUUACUUGACAGCGGGAAGGAAUGUGUGUACAAACAAAGAGGGCCUGAAAUUAACACCCAGCCACCAGCCAAACAUUUAUCAGUCAGAUCUGCUGGCCUGCUUGGCAAUUCAAAAACCUGGAACUUUAUUGACUUCUAUGGCAGAACAACAGACAGUGCGUCAGUGCUUUCCCCUUGACCUACAGUGGCUUGUAAUUGUUGCAAUGCUGUUUUAUCAUAAUUUAGAAAAGCUGUUUGCUAAUCAAACAAACAUCAACCAAAGACGUAAAAUACAACCUUCUGAAAUACUGUUUUAAAUUUUAAACCAGUAAAACGUAGAGAAAGUUUAUCUCAGGUCAGUAAAGGAUUGUUUUGCCUGGACUUAGCCUUCAGCUGGUAAAACUCUAUUUGUUGGCUGGUUGGCCCAAAAAAAGUUAGUUUCACGCCCUGCGAACAAAACCAACAAAGAGUUUAAUAUCAUGUGGCUUCAUGAUGAACAAGUUUACAACCGACUGAUGUUUUAUUUAUUGUUACUAUCUUGAAAACCGUGACCUGUGUAUUAUUCCUAAUGACAUGCUGCUCUGGCUGGUUCAACUGGAAGUAAAACAGAUGUCUUUUAAACUUCA